UGGCAACGGUCUGAGCGGGACCGUCACCCGCCCGGCGUCCUGGUUUCCUUAGAGACGGAGCCGGGCCUAGGAGGCCGCGGAGCGGUGACAGCGGGGCGCCUGGAGAAGCCAAAAUGCCGUUGAAGGGAAAGAAAAGGCAAGGCAAGGGCAAGGGCAAAGACAAGAAUGGAUGUGAGUGGAGAAACAAAGAACUGGGGAUGAAGAAGAAGGGCUAAUUCUCACGCUGGAAGUGAAGAUCAAGAUAACAUUUCUUGGGGUAUUGGAGGUCCUCUAGCCCUGUGCUGUAGAGCAGCCAGAGCCAUCUGUGGCUGUUACAGUAAUUAAAAUUAAAAAUUUAUUUCCUCAGCGUGCUGGCCAUAUUUCAAGUGCUCGACAGGCACAUGUGAUAGUGGCGACCGAAUUUGGGCAGUGCUGAUACAGAACAUUUCCAUCAUCACAAAAAGUGCUAUUGGCAGCCCUGCUCUAUGCCGGUCGUUCUCAACUGCGGUGAUUUUCGCUCCCAGGAGACAUUUGGCAAUGACCAGAGACAGUUUUAGUUGUCAUGUCUGGGUGUGUGUGCUACUGGCAGCUAGUGCGUAGAGGCCAAGGGUGCUGUUAAACGUGUUAAACAUCCUACAGUGCACAGAACAUCCCCCCCCCCCCACCAAAGAAUUAUCAGUAGUGCCAGGGAUGAGAAACCCUGCUCUAGACUAUAAGCUUUUCUAGAAUAGACACUAAGCAUUAUUCACUGUGUCUCCAGCACACAUAGCAGAGAGCCCAGAACAUAGCAGGUAGUUAUAUGUGAAGAAUAAACAAAAGUGUCUUGUGUGUGUAUGUCAACUUGGAUGUUUUCUUUCCUCCACAGAGACUGUGGUCUGGAUUCAUUCUGUCUUGCCCUAGCCUGAGAUAUCUCUGCUAUAAAUUUGAGAGGAUCUUGAACAUCUAGAGGACCUCUGGGUACUUGUAGUUCCUUGAGCUUUUUCAGGGAUCAUUUUAGGUUCGAGGGUGAACCUAAAGAAUUUGCCCAAAUUGAGUAAUUGUUGAGAUUUCCCCAAACUGAUCAGAACACUUGAAGUGGGUAAUGCUCUAGCACCAACCCCUUGCUAUCUUAGAAUUGAGUCAGCUAGGUCGGAAUGGGACUCUGUGGCAACGGGAACGGGUUAAGUUGUCACUAGCCCUCUUGGGUGACCCUGGUGGUUUCCUAGACACAGUGGAGUCAUGUUGUUCAGCAACACCAUGUAUGGGACCACAGGGGAAUCCUUACAACCUGUAAUGUUUAUGAAGUAACUUGUUUAAAAGAGUAAUACAUGCUCAACACAGAAAACAUGCAAAGUCCCAAAGGAGAAAUAAAAAAUCCCCAGUAAUCCCAUCAUCCAGAGACAACCACUGUUAUCAUUUUGGGGUAUUCUUUUUUUUCUUUAUAAAAUGGUAGCACACUGUACAUAUUUUCUUGCAGCUCCCCCGCCCCAGGAAUUAAUAUAAGUACUUUAGUAUGUUUUCUUAUAUAACUGCAUAGUUAGUCUAGCAUUUUUUUUCAAGUGCCAAGGGCUUAUCUCAUUCCUGGAGCUCACUAGCAUAUGUUUUCUAUUUUUGACCAUGUGUCUACUGUAAGCUGAGGAACGUUGAGAUAACAGGCCUCUUAUUCCUCAGAUUUUCCAUGACCCAUCGUUUGGGAAACUCUGCUUUUUGCCUACAGAUAGUAUUAGUGGUCCUCCUAUAAGGAGUAUCUGAUUUGUUGGCAUCAUCUACUUUGAGCAGCUUAGACCUGAUAUGUCCAGGGAACAACUGGAUGAUUGUAGCAAGGCAGCCUAUCACUAAAAAAAAAAAAAAAAAUCACUAGUCCUGCUGAAAUGGUAAAGUCAACAGCUACAACAGGCUGAGGGGUUGGGGGUGGGGCUGACCAUUUGAAGGAAACAAAAGGUGAGAAUGGGACUAGAAAGGAAUUGAGAAAGAACCAGUUGAGGGGAUGGAGGGUGACAGUAGAGAAAGGUACACACACAUAUGUGUGAGAAUAUUUAGACUUCAAUACAGAAAAAAAAAGGGGUUGGGGGUGGGGCUGACCAUUUGAAGGAAACAAAAGGUGAGAAUGGGACUAGAAAGGAAUUGAGAAAGAACCAGUUGAGGGGAUGGAGAGUGACAGUAGAGAAAGGUACACACACAUAUGUGUGAGAAUAUUUAGACUUCAAUACAGAAGCCUUUCAAAUAUUUACUGUCUAUAUAUCUAAUGCCUACCAUAUAUAAGGAAUUGUAUUUUGUUAGUGCUCGUUCAAUAAAUCCUAUAUUUGGAAGUAUCCCCCCUUUUAUCACUUUAAUAUUUGAAUCCAUCCUUUAAGUAUCCCCCUGCCCCCGUAAUUAUGGUAUGUUUCUCAACCAUCCUUAAAGCCUGGUGCAUUGUAGCAAUAGCCAAUAAAGCAUUUCAGGUGCUUUCCUUAAUGACUUGAUCUUUUGUCCAAGGCCUAGCUAAUCUCCCCCAACCAAAACAAGAAAUAAAACUGGAGGGUGGGGUGGGUGGGAGAUUACAGAACUGUGAAUUUACAGUUACACUGUGAAUGUACCUCAUGUAGAAGGGGCACAGAAGAUAAUGGAGAUAGUGGGGUCAACCAAGGUCUAGGACUGAGUGGAAAUAGAAUAAACAGUUCAGAUAUGGGAGAAUUAAAAAAAAAAAAAAAAGGAAAAAUCAAGUACAUGAAAAGAUGUGAAAGCUUUAUGGAAUGAUUUUGACUUCUCAUGCCUUUCCUCUUUGUUUUUGUAGUCCUUUAUGGUUACGCUCUAAAACUCCUCUCUUCUAGGAAGAGGUACCUGCUUAAUUCCCUUUGUGAAUACAAGUAAAUAUGUAUUUCUUUGUAUGUGUAUAUAAUUUUUGUUGUUGAGGAUAUACACAUCGGAACAUAUACCAGUUCAUAAGUGUAUAUUGAUCAUUCAAUCAACAUUUGCCAGGCAUUGUAUACCCGGUAAUGCCAAGCAAAACAAAGAGAGAUGUAAUUCUACUAUAGUAAAGAAAUAAUUAUGUACUGUAAAUGUCAUCUUUCCGUGUAGGAAGGCAAUAAAACCAGAUGAAUCUGUGGUGGACAGAGCCAAGGCCAAUGCAGCCCUUUGGGAGGCCAGGUUGGAAGUCACAGAACUCUCCAGGAUUGAAUAUCGUGAUACUUCCCGGAGAUUGGCAAAAAGUAAUGAGGACCUAAAGAGGCAGCAGUAUAGAAUGGAGAAAGACACAAUGUCUGUACUAAAUUACCUGAAGAAACAGGAUCAGGAGAAAGAUAAUAUGAUUGAAAAACUGAAACAGCAAUUGAUUGAAACACAGGAAAAAGCCCAAGAGGAGAAGGAAAAACUGGAACAAAAGUACACUGUGCAAAUAAGUGAGCUGGAGGGACAGUUCCAUCAAAAAGCCAAAGAAAUUGGCAUGAUUCAGACGGAACUGAAAACAAUAAGACAAUUCCAGAAGAGAAAAAUCCAAGUGGAGAAAGAAUUAGAUGAUCUAAAAGAGAAUUUAAGGAACACAGAGCGGAAACAUCAGGAGACUCUUAGAAGAUUGGAAGGCAGGUUUUUUGAGGAAAAGCAUCGACUAGAACAAGAAGCUGAAAAGAAGAUAAUAAUGUUGGCAGAGAGAGCCCACCAUGAAGCUGUUGUGCAACUGAAUAAUGCUGGAAGAAAUGUUUUUAAAGAGAAUGUUUAUCUCCAGAAAGCUCUUGCAUACCAUCUGAAGGAAGCUGAUGAUCUACAAAAAAACUCCCAGAGGUUGCAAGAGACUCAUAGUAUCCUUUUACAUCAAAAGGAGAUCAAUGACUUAUUGGUUAAGGAAAAAAUUAUGCAACUUAACCAGCAGAAAUCACAAAUCCAAACACUUCAGAAAAAGGUGGUAAGCUUGGAGACUGCCCUGACUUGUAUGACAAGGGAGUUUGAAGCUGAAGUUUUAAAACUGCAACAACAGGCAAUGAUAGAGAAUCAAGCGGGUCAGGUAGAAAUUGACAAGCUGCAGCAUCUUCUUCAGUUGAAGGACAGGGAAAUGAAGCGAGUGAAGAAGCUGGCCAAGAACAUACUGGAUGAGAGAACAGAGGUGGAAGAAUUCUUUUUGGAUGCUCUACACCAAGUGAAGCAACAGAUCCUAUUUAGCAGAAUGCAUUAUAAGCAGAUAGCGCAAACUGCUUUCAAUUUAAAAAUGAGAGCAGCACUUGCAGGAAAAACAGAAUAUCCCAAAAUCCGAACAUUUGAUGGCAGAGAGCACAGCACCAAUAGUGUGAAUCAGGAUCUUAUGGAGGCUGAGAAAUGGACAAAUAUUCAAGGAAAUGUGGAUAUUGGAAAUUUGACCUGGGAGCAGAAGGAAAAAGUCUUGAGAUUGCUCUUUGCAAAAAUGAAUGGUUUUGUUCCUAGGAAAUACAGCCAGAGUUCUAGGCCUCCAGUUCCAGACUAUGUAGUUCCUGACAACGGAGAAACAAAAGAACUUGGGGAUGAAAAUAAGCUUCAAGAUCAAAUCUUCAUCACCCAGCAAGUCCCAGUCUCAGACUCUGCUGGUGAACUGGUACCACCCAGUAUUCAGAAGGCAUCACAAAACCCUGACGUGGGUACCUACUGACAACAUUGCUGACCUACAUAUGACCUCACAGAAGCUGCUGGCAGGCCUUUCUUUGCAGAAUCCUUACUCCUGAAUAUGUUCAAGAAAGUUUCUUAGAGAAAAAAAAUUUUUUUAAACUUAAAAUUACCUGUUU